CGAGGUUUUCUUUUUCUUCUUGCUCCCGGAGAGGAAAGAGCUAUCUCCCGGUUCCUCGAGCAAGGCUGAGUCGGCGUUCCUUGCUGCCGCUGCAAAGAUGUCUCUCUCCAACAAGCUCACCCUAGAGAAAGUAGACGUGAAGGAUAAGCGCGUGGUCAUGCGGGUUGACUUCAAUGUUCCGAUGAAGGACAACAAAAUAACCAACAACCAAAGAAUCAAGGCAGCUGUCCCAUCCAUCAAGCAUUGCCUGGACCAUGGAGCGAAGUCUGUGGUACUGAUGAGUCACCUGGGCAGACCUGAUGGAGUUCCUAUGCCUGACAAAUUCUCCUUGCAACCGGUAGCAGCAGAACUAAAAGCUCUGUUAGGCAGGGAUGUCGCUUUCUUGAAAGACUGUGUGGGUCCAGAAGUGGAAGCAGCUUGUGUUAAUCCUGCAACUGGCUCAGUCAUUCUCCUGGAAAAUCUCCGAUUCCACGUAGAAGAGGAAGGGAAAGGGAAGGAUGCUUCAGGGAACAAGAUCAAGGCUGAUUCUGCAAAGGUAGAUUCUUUCAGAGCAUCGCUUUCUAAACUAGGAGAUGUUUAUAUCAAUGAUGCUUUUGGGACUGCGCACAGAGCUCACAGUUCCAUGGUAGGUGUCAAUCUGUCUCACAAAGCUGCUGGUUUCCUGAUGAAGAAAGAGCUGGAUUAUUUUGCUAAAGCUCUAGAGAGUCCAGAGCGCCCCUUCCUGGCAAUCCUUGGAGGUGCUAAAGUUCAGGAUAAGAUCCAGCUAAUCAACAACAUGCUGGAUCAGGUCAAUGAGAUGAUUAUUGGUGGCGGGAUGGCUUUCACCUUCCUGAAAGUAAUCAACAACAUGGAGAUUGGCAAUUCUUUGUUUGAUGAAGAAGGAUCAAAAAUAGUCAAGGACCUGAUGGCCAAGGCAGAGAAGAAUGGCGUGCGGAUCACUCUGCCUGUUGACUUUAUCACUGCAGACAAAUUUGAUGAGAAUGCUAACACUGGAGAAGCCACUGUGGCCUCUGGGAUCCCUGCUGGGUGGAUGGGUUUGGACUGUGGUCGUGAAAGCAUUAAGAAGUUUGUUGAAGCUGUGGGCAGGGCCAAGCAAAUUGUGUGGAAUGGUCCAGUUGGUGUAUUUGAGUGGGAGAAAUUUUCCAAAGGAACCAAAGCUUUGAUGGAUAAAGUUGUGGAAGUUACAGCCAAAGGCACUAUCACCAUCAUUGGUGGUGGAGAUACUGCUACAUGCUGUGCUAAAUGGAACACUGAGGAUAAAGUUAGUCACGUUAGCACUGGAGGUGGUGCCAGUUUGGAGCUUCUAGAAGGUAAAGUUCUUCCUGGUGUAGCUGCUCUGAGCAAUGUGUAAUGUGGGAUGAAUAAGACCUUCCCUGAUACGUUCCUGUGCACACAGCCCUUAAAGCAACCACUGCAGCGCUUCUGUCACUGUACGAGCAGCAGAUCGCAGAAUGUAAACUGGAAGCAAGCAGACAGAAGAUUCAUAUGAGGUUAAGGUGGCUCCGUUUGGAGUCUGCAGUUUACUUGAUGCUGAUUUGUCCACUGUUACCCCACUUGAACUACUGUAGUGUUAAACGGUUUUUGUGGUUCAGAGUGUAUAUAUUUAUAUGUUUUGCCUUUUUUCAAAGAGGCCAAGUUCUUGUUGUCAGUAUCUCAAAACAAAUUUCUCCAUUCAGCUUCAACAGCAUGUUCAGCUGCUGCUAUUUGUCACUUCCCCCAGUCCUCAAGCAGAAGGAAUAUACAAAUCUCUGGAUGUCGACUGCAAUGUUAGCUUCUCAAUAAACAUUUAGGAAGAUG